UCAAACCCUGUGGAACGUGAAAAACACUUAGUUAGUUUGGGAGUUUUAAUACAAAAAUCAAUAUUUCUAAAUUGAUGGCUAAGGAUACGGAAUUGGAGAUGAUUUGUAGUAAUGAAUCAUCGGUGACACCGACAAAUGCUUAUCCUUUUCCGCAGCGGAAAAAUAAAAUUAUUUACCAUCCCACAGUGAAGCAGUGGAUGGCUUUAUUGUCAGGCGCCCUUCUCUUCGUGCCGGGUGGUAUGAGUAUGGCAUUCGGACUCGGUUGGAAUUUACACACCCACAUACCCACUACAAUGCAAUUACGUUACGCCUGGUUCAUUGGCCUCAUAAUUGGCGCAAUACUGGCAGCGCCGCUAAUCAGAGCUGUGCCUAAGCGCGUUUUUAUGUUGUUCGGCGCCAUUCUGGUGAUUAUUGGCGGCAUCAUCUUCACCAGCGUACCUUACAACUAUAGCGCCGUGUUGGCAGCGCGUUACAUCAACGGCAUCGCAAUCGGUUGCACCACAUUGGCAUUUCUUGUGCACGCCAGCGAAAUAGCGGCCACCGAAAAUCGUGGCUUUUGCCUGUGGCUAGAACAAAAUAGUAUGACUGUCGGCAUUGUAAUUCAAGUGGUUUACACGUCGCAAUGGACUUCUCAAGUGGACUUUGCUGCGGAUCGGUUGCAUGGAAUUAUUGCCAUUAUUUUCGGCGUAUUGGCCAUUUGCUGUGCGCAUUUCAUUGUCGAAUCGCCGAUCUUCUUCAUACACCAAUGUGAUGAUGCGCGCGCGCUCAACUGCUUGCGACAAUUGCAGCGGCCAGAGUAUGCGGCACCGUGCGCUCUACAAGUGCUGCUGGACCAACAGAAGGCCUACGUGGUGGAGACGGAGACGGUGGAAUGGCGCGACACGCUGGUACAGAGUCCGCUGCUGCGUUUGUUGCUCUAUCGCAGCAUGAUUGCUUUUGGCUUUUCGCUGCCGAUGAACGAGGCAAUGAAGUGGGCCAAUUUGGUGGUGUUGAGUGAUUAUGAGUGGCAGCCCAUAGUUUUUGUUAUAUUACGCGUUGGUGGCACCUUUUCGUCGUUAUAUAUGUUCGAUGUGACAGGCAGGAAAAUGGUCUCAUUGGUGGCGCUAUUCUGCACCGCUGUGCUGUCCAUCGCCAUUGGCGGAGAAUACGAUGAUGAGUUGAGCGUGAGGAGUGAGUACCACAUGUCGGUGAUUUGUGUGCUAUCGCAGGUCUUUCAAUUCUUUGCGGGAUUGUAUGCGCCCAGCUCCUCGGUGUACUUGAGUGAGGCUUUCCCGAUGACGUUGAAGCCGUACUUUAUCGCUGGGUGUCUGGCAGUGCAGCAGGCGAUACACAUCAUUGUCAUCUGCAACUUCCACUUCAACAUCUACUCCAUGUCUAUGUAUGCAUUCGCGGUCGGCAUAUUGAUGCUUCUGUGCUUUGCGGGCUUUUGUGUCACAAUGCCAGAGACGCGUAAGACAACGCUGGGCGAAGCACAAAUACGAUUUAGAAGUCUAUUGCACUUGAAGUGCUGCUAAAUUGCAGAGGAAAGAAAGAAUGUAUGAAAGCGAAAGGAGAACGAAAUGAAAUUGUGAAAUGUUUUACAUACACACAUACAUUUAAGUACACACACAACAACAUUGAAUUGCGGCCAAUUAAAAACUAAUAUUUGCCAAUUAAAAAGUAAUACUUGACAUAUGGAUUUUAUGUCAAGUUAUUUCAUUUGACAUGCGAGAUCAAUAAAGUUAAUGUAAUUGCUGCUAACUGCAUGAUUAACAGUAAAUUUGAAAGCAACGACAUGUGCCACCAACGCACAUGCUAUGACCAAAUACUGAUACUCAAUCAGAUUACGCCCACCUACAAAGUGGCAUUGCCUGAGCAAUUUGUAUUUUAAAUUUUAUGACAAAUUUUGCUGCAAAGCUGCAGGAGCUUGCCAAUUCACUUGAGCGAGUUCGUGGCUUAAUUCUUUUGUUUUUCGAUUAUAAAUUUAUAUUUGCAUUUACCUAAUGUAUGUAUGUAUGCAUGCAUGUUAUGAAGUUAGUUUGCUGUAGAAAAAAAUACAUAUAGUUUUAACUGAUAAAUUAUAAGCGAUAUGCGCAACUGUGGUGUUUACUUUUAUUUUGCAUAUCAAGCGUUGUACAAAAAAUAAUAGCAGGGUGACAGAAAGCCGUUUUUUCUUGUUUAUUUAUUUAUUUUUUCUUCCUUUUUUAUAUAACCAUAGACGUAACUUAAAGUUUUCAACUUGGUAAAAUAAUAAAAAAUGCAACAAAUUCUCAACGAAAUAUCAAAUUUUUUAAUUAAAAGUCUUAAACAAAUCUCGUCAACACAAUUUUGUAGCCCAUUGAAUUUUAGCAUAGUAAAGUGCAAGUUUAAAAUAGCUCCGCAAUCACGUUGAUUUUUCACAAUUUUUUUUCUUCCGGUGUUAUGCAUUUUCUCCAUAUAAAAAAUGCUUGAGUAAGACCAAGUUGAUU